UUCUGUUUCUUCACUGGUUCCUCUAUUUCCGUGAUCCGCACAAGGACAAAUUUACCAUAAGCACCGUCCGUCAGGCUUCAUCGGACAUGGCCCGACUGCUGCUGAGGAGUGGUUUGAGAGGAUAUUUCACCUCUCAGAUCCGGAUGGGAUCCGACCAGUUGGGUGAACUGGGUGCAGGUGCUGGUAAAGGAGGAGGUGCUGGUGGAUCUGUGAGGGAGGCCGGAGGAGCGUUUGGAAAAAAGGGGGCGGCAGAAGAAGAGCGAUAUUUUAGGCAGAAGGAGAAGGAGCAGCUGGCAGCCCUGAGGGAACAUCAUGAGGAAGAGAUCGACCAUCAUAAGAAAGAGAUUGAGCGUUUGCAGAGAGAGAUCGACAGACACAAGGGCAAAAUCAGAAAACUGAAACACGAUGACUGAAGCACUACCAUCACUAUCACAUGAGAAAUAUAUAUAUCUCCAUCUCAGAUCUCUGCGGGGCCUGAGGAUCUCUUUCUUUCUUGUUGACUCCAGUCCAUCAUGAUUAGAUGGUUUAUGAAUAAAUGUUUGCAAAAAAACUU